AUAAUCGCAGUUUUGAGGAUUCGAGACAGUUCAACGCUCCCUUCUGCUCCAGCAGCCCGGUCCACAGUGCUGACGGGAGGAGGUUUGGUCCGUCAGACAGCCCCGCCCACUCCCACCCCCACAGACCCGCCUCCCCCGAGGGCUCCCAGGUGAACAUCAUGGGCGUCCACACCGUCCCCGGCAGCCCCAACACCCUCCACCGCACCGUGGCCACCAACACGCCGCCCAGCCCCGCCCUCCAGAGACGCCUGGGUCAAGCCAGCCCCUCCCUGGCCAGACACCCCCCUCCGUCCGGCGUCCCCUCCAGCCCUCUGAUUGGCCGAAAGACAGCAGCCGCCGGCGUGCCUCCCAGCCCCCUGAUGGGGCGCCGCACGGCAGGCCACAGCACACCGGAUGAGCUGGGGGCCGCCUCUCGCCAGGGGAGCGCCCAACCGCCGUCCACGCCUGCCUUCCCUGUGUCCCCGCAGCUGCCGGAGAAGAGACACAUGUCCAGCGGAGAUGCCGAGAGGAUGGACAACAAUAACCGGAUGCCAACACCGGCCAGCGGGGGCAGCACGCCAAAUCUGACCGGCACUCACACACUCCCAGACCUCCCCAAGUCUAUAUACGACGAUUGUCCCGACAUCAAGAUGAACGUGAAGUUCGUCCAGGACACGUCCAGGUUCUGGUACAAGCCCGACAUCUCCAGAGAGCAAGCCAUCAAUCUGCUGAAGGACAGGGAGCCCGGGGCCUUCAUCAUCCGGGACAGUCACUCGUUCCGCGGGGCGUACGGUCUGGCCAUGAAGGUGGCCUGCCCGCCUCCGACUGUCCAACAAACCAAGAAAGUUGGGGACUUGACCACCGAGCUGGUGAGACACUUCCUGAUCGAGACGAGCCCUAAAGGCGUGCGUCUGAAGGGCUGUCCCAACGAGCCGUACUUCGGUUGUCUCUCCGCUCUGGUUUACCAACACUCCAUGACUCCGCUGGCUCUGCCCUGCAAACUGAUGAUCCCCACCAAAGAUCCCAACGAGGAGGCGUUGGAACUGGCGACACCGACCGAUCCAGUGGUUGAACUUAUCAAACAGGGAGCGGUUCAGAAGGUUCCUGAAGAGGCUCAUGCGUGUAACGUCCUCUACAUCAACUCCGUGGACAUGGAGUCUCUCACGGGGCCUCAGGCCAUCGCCAAGGCGAUCAGUCAGACCCUGGAGACCAACCCACUGCCCGCCGCCACCACCGUCCACUUCAAGGUGUCUCCACAGGGCAUCACACUCACGGACAGUCAGAGGAAAAUCUUCUUCAGGCGACAUUAUCCCAUCAACACAGUGACUUACUGUGACACGGACCCGCAGGACAGGAAAUGGGGAAAAGAAGGAGGCGGCUCAGUCAGACUCUUUGGAUUCGUGGCGAGGAAACAAGGAAGCACAACAGACAACGUGAGCCACCUGUUCGCGGAGCUGGACCCGGAUCAACCCGCCUCCGCCAUCGUCAGCUUCGUCUCGAAAAUGAUGAAGCGGUGAAACCCCCAGUGUUUAAAUGGCGGCGGCCAUUUCUUAGGCAUCUUCCUUCUUCGUCGGCGCCUCGGACUCGAUGAUGAUGUUUUCGUUUUUCUGUUUCCUGUCGGUUUGUUUCUCUUGUUUUCUCUCUGCCUUGACGGUUUGUCUUGACCUUGGUCUUUUUCGGAAAGAAGAAAAGUCUGUGCGAAGGAUUUGUUGUGGAUCCAAAGUGGCGUCAGAGGAAGUGGAGACGUGAACGUGACAAGCGAGGAGGCGACGGACGGGAGAAAAUGUAACAAUGCAAAGUUGAGACGGGAACACGUGAGGACUCGUAUGUUUCAGGGUUUUUCUGUUGUCGUUUUUUUGUCGAUUGAUUUACCAAAGGUUGCUGCAAUACAAGUGCAAGAAUGAUGUAGCUAUGAAGCCAUUUUUAAUUUCCUCUUUUCAAAAGAUGAAGUGUUGAACAAAACAAACAAAAAAAGAGAAAAGAAACACGGUUUCUUCUUGAACUCGUCUUCAGAAAAAAAGUUUGAACAAAACAGAGUGUGAAGACCUUCUGCAUGUUAGCUUGAUCUUUAAGCUCGGUUCUUCUACCUUCCACUGAGUCAUUGUGAAUCUUUGAGUGGUUUUUCUCCAGGUCUGUUGUGUGUUGGAAAGGGCUCCGCAGUGAAACAACGACUGAUCUAAACUGCGCACGGCAGACCAGACUCAAGAAAAA